AUGGAACAAGAUGGCGCUUCCGGCGCGCCCUCGUACGAAGACCGGCGCAACCAGCAGGUCGACAAUGCGAUCCGCGCUAUACAACAGAAGAAGCCUCUUCCCGAAAUUGACUUCACCAUCCAUGCCAUGGAAGACGGCACCCAGGUCAGCACCUUAGAGCGUGUCUGCAAAGAUGUGCAGGCACCUGCCAUGUUUAAGCCCACCGACGAGCAAUUCUUCGAGGACGAGACGCACCAGAAGCCCAAUAUCCAAUUCCUCAAGCAGCACUUCUACCGCGAGGGUCGCCUGACCGACGACCAGGCGCUAUGGAUUAUCAAGAAGGGUACCGAGAUUCUACGCGCCGAGCCUAACCUGCUCGAGAUGGAUGCACCCAUCACUGUCUGCGGUGACGUUCACGGCCAGUACUACGACCUGAUGAAGCUCUUCGAGGUCGGCGGCGACCCGGCCGAGACGCGGUACCUCUUCCUGGGCGACUACGUGGAUCGGGGAUACUUUAGCAUCGAGUGUGUGCUAUACCUGUGGUGCUUGAAGAUCCACUACCCCAAGACGCUCUGGCUGCUGCGCGGAAACCACGAGUGUCGCCACUUAACAGACUACUUCACUUUCAAGCUCGAGUGCAAGCACAAGUACUCCGAGGCCAUCUACGAAGCCUGCAUGGAGUCCUUCUGCUGUCUGCCGCUGGCGGCCGUUAUGAACAAGCAGUUUCUCUGCAUCCAUGGCGGGCUGAGCCCGGAGCUGCAUACGCUCGACGACUUGAGAAAUAUUGACCGCUUCCGCGAGCCCCCUACCCAAGGUCUUAUGUGUGACAUCUUGUGGGCCGACCCCCUCGAGGACUUUGGCCAGGAGAAAACGACCGACUACUUUCUGCACAACCACGUGCGGGGCUGUUCGUACUUCUUUUCGUACCCAGCCGCUUGCCACUUCUUGGAAAAGAACAACCUACUUUCCAUUAUCCGCGCCCAUGAAGCCCAGGAUGCCGGGUACCGCAUGUACCGUAAGACUCGUACCACGGGCUUCCCCAGCGUCAUGACAAUCUUCUCGGCCCCCAACUACCUGGACGUCUAUAACAACAAGGCGGCCGUGCUCAAGUACGAGAACAACGUCAUGAACAUCCGGCAGUUCAACUGCACCCCUCAUCCGUACUGGCUGCCAAACUUUAUGGAUGUCUUUACGUGGUCGCUGCCCUUUGUUAGUGAGAAGAUCACCGACAUGUUAAUCGCCAUCCUGAGCACGUGCUCCGAGGAGGAGCUUAGGGAGGAAUCAUCCUCGACGUCGCCCGGCCCCAUAUCCCCGCCGCUACCCUCGGCCGAGCUGAACCAGAACCCUGAAUCGAUCGAAUACAAGAGGCGCGCUAUCAAGAACAAGAUCCUGGCCAUCGGGCGGCUGUCGCGCGUCUUCCAGGUGCUGCGAGAGGAGUCCGAGAGGGUCACGGAGCUCAAGACGGUCUCCGGAGGUCGCCUACCCGCUGGCACUCUCAUGCUCGGCGCGGAGGGUAUUAAGAAUGCCAUCAGCAGUUUCGAGGAUGCCAGAAAGGUGGACAUACAGAACGAGAGGUUGCCGCCAAGCCACGAGGAGGUGCAGAAGCAGGUGGACGAGGACCGCGCCCACGCUCUUGAGCGCGCCGUUAGAGAGGCCGACAACGAUAAGAAGUUGCAGACCCUCUCUAGGAGGCUCAGCACGUGA